UGCUCUUCAUCACCCCACCAGCAGCGAGUAAACAGACCUCCAGGAUGUCGCAAGGCGCUAAGUUUUAGCCGAAAAUGUUCAAUGAUACUAACAGUUAGCUAUUAUACAGAAGCUAAUGGUGGGUGGCUUGUGAAGAAAGAAAGGGACUAGAAACGGUAAACCGAGCAUUUAAUCCUGUGUAACCUCUUAGUGGAAGCUGAGCGGCGGCUGAACGCGAUGAAGUCUGUGCUUCGUUAAGCUAGCAUGCUAAGCUAAGUGCUAGCCUCGGCUAACUGCUAAUGGUAGAUCGCAGCCGGAGGUGUAGCGGACAUGGCAGCGGGAGACAGAGCCUCUUCUGGCGGCUCUCUGGAGUCUACGCUAGACAGGAAGUUUCAGAGUGUGACCAACACCAUGGAUUCAAUCCAAGGGCUGUCCACCUGGUGCAUCGAGAACAAGAAGUAUCACAGCCUGAUCGUGCGGCACUGGAUGAAGUAUUUGAAGAAAUCUGAUGCCGCACACAGACUCAACCUGUUGUACCUAGCCAACGACGUCAUUCAGAACUGUAAAAGGAAAAACGCCAUCGUUUACCGCACGGCAUUCGCAGAGGUGCUUCCAGAUGCUUUCUUGCUGGUCAACUAUGAAGGUGACCCCAAGGUGAUUAAAUCAGUGGAGAGGAUCCUAUCCAUCUGGGAGGAGAGGGCUGUGUACUCAGGGACGCUCAUUUCUGAUCUUAGGACUACUUUAGUGAAAGAGGAGUCUCCUCCUGAGACGCCCAUGGAGCAAAAAACUCCAGUUGAGUCUAAAGCAGAUCUGCGGUCCAAGAUUGUUGCUGAAUUUGUGCCCCAGGCACUCAUAGACCAACUGUCCAAGUACAAGAGAUCUCUGGAGGAGGUCGACCUCAGAGAAAAACAGCUGGCAGCUAUGAGGGUUGACAUCUGCAGUUCUGAUGCCCUGAAGAAACUCAAAGAUAAAGCGGGAGGAAAAAAGUUCUCCAAGGACUUUGAGGAAGGAAGCACACAACUGCAGGAGUUUGUAAAGUUCUUCGACAAACAAAGCAAAACAGGACCUCCACUGAUGGAGGCACUGAGCAACGCAGACAUCUUCUAUGAGAUGCAGUACAAGGAGGUCAAGAUUGUUGCUAAUGCCUACCAAACUUUUGCGAACCGAGUGUCCCACCUCAAGCGUAAGCUGGACUCCCUGAAGGCCACCUUACCAGACCUGGACGAUUCGCCCAUCCCCUCACCCUCUGCAGACGCACCGUCUCCUACAGGCUCAGAGUCUCCUUUCCACGGUCUGGACAUGGCCCAUCCCGAUCCAGACCUCGAUGGCUCUGCUAUGGAUGAUGAGGCCGAGCCGCCAGCCCCGAGCCCACUGUCCUCACCUGGAGGAUCCCCCAGAGACGCAGACGUUCUCGGGGAGAACGACAAUCGCCAAGUGGAGGACAUGGAGCUCUCAGAGGAAGAAAUGGACAGCGGUGGCAUCAUAGUUGAGGAGCAGAUUAAAUCCGUCCCUGACUCAGAGAUGUCCACUGCAGUCCCUGCAAAAAGUGAGCCAUCAGUGGCGGCGGCGGCGCAGGUCACGCUCCCCGUAGCCGCUCCUACAGCAGCCGUGGAAAAUGUUGAAAUGAGUAAAACUGGCUCCAUCCUCAACAGUUUAGGCUCAGUGAUGAAGAACACAGGGCCGUCAGUGGAGAGUCCUCCUGCAGCUGCUCCUGCCAGGUCCUCAGUGAAGACAACACCUGCUGCCCCUGUGGCCUCACAAGAUGCCACCUCACUGGUAAACCUCCUGUCCAAGGUGGAUGUGAGUCCUGCAGAUCUCCUCAGUGCUCUGUCCAAAGUCCAGGGCCAAAGUAGCCUUGAAGGUGAGAAUAGAAUCACUUCUCUUCUGGGCAGCUCAUCUGCAAAUGUCGCCCCAGACAUCUCCUCCUCCAGUACAGGCAAGAUUACUCCCUCUCCAUCAUCCACAUCUGCAUCAGCAGUACCCUCUCAGAGCCAGUCUCUCCCUUUUGUUGCACCUGUGCCUUCUUCAUUCACCUCCGCUACAAAGCAGAGCUCAAGCACCCGAGAACCCCCUCAGACCUCCAACUCAGCCUCUGCCCUGGUCCAGGCUCUUCACAGAGACAUGGAUUUGACAGCCGAGACAGAGCCGUCUUCCUCCUCUGUGAGUUUAGAGUCUAAGAUCCAUAGCUUCCUGCAGGGAAACCCUGCUUUCAGUGCAUUUGACCUGGGUUUUUCUGCAAACCCACCUGUGGGAGGAGAUAAUCUGAGCCCAGCCACUGGCACUGACACCCAAGGUGGGACCCCUGUGCGAGAUGAGGGAGGAGGCACCCCAACUCAAGAUGAGAUCAUGGACAAACCAGCAGUGUUCCCAUUCGCUUCCAACACAAACUCGUCAUCUGUAGGUAAAACUGCGCCUAAAACAGCUCCUAUUGCAUACCAGAAUAACACCCAGCAGAACGCCAACAAUCCGCAGCAGCAAGUUCAAUUGCAGCCAGGCGUGGCUCAGAAUGGGCAGAUCUACCAGCCGCGUCCGUACAGCAAACAGGAGAUGUCAGAGCACAGAAUCACUGCACCAGUUGCGCAUUACCAGCAGAUAUCUUCACAAACCGGGGGGCCAGUGCCUGGAGAAAGAGCCCCAGGCAGUGCCAGUAGCGCACAGACAGUUGAGGGCUUUCAGGGGGCGAGUGAAAGGAGCUGGUACGGUGACACUUACCCAGAGGGGAGCUCUCAGCAGCCCAGCGGCUACAAUGUGACAGUGCCUGGAGGGGCUGUAGAAAACAAGACAUCAGGACUUUAUCCAUACCAAACCGAGCAAACUCAGGAACCUCAGGAGUUUGUGACCGAGCACGGUUCUUCUACAUCCCCUGCCUUCUUUAGAAACAACCUUCCUCCUGUCCCAAGGUUACCUCCCCCUCCUCAUCUUUUUGACGGCCCUCCUUCCUCCAUCAGCAGUGUGAUGGUUCCUCCUGAGCGUCAGCAGCCAGGUCCCAGUGCUGAAGCAGGACCGGUGUUUGGGGGCAGAGUUGACAGCGUCAUCAGCGGGAUGGUCGUCCACGACCACCAACACAAGUCAUCACUUCAUCCCGCUGAUCGGCCGUAUGACAUCGACCAGCAUCGGCCACGGCACCCUGAGGAUUUACACCCUCACCCAGAUGACCUGCGUUACCAGGACGACCACGAUGAGCUCCGCCCACAUGAUGCCCCUUUCCGCCAAGGCAAUCCCUACCACCACCAAGAUGAUUCAUAUUACAGACCAGGUAGUCCUCCUCACCACUACCCCAUGGUCCGAGGACGCCUCACUCCUCCAUGCUCACCCUCUGAGGACCCUUACUUUGCCCAGCGGCACAGCCCCCCUCCUCCACACUACACUCCAAGGAGACCCCCACCACCACGUCAUGAAAUCCGUCAUCCUGGUAUGCGGCCUCCACAUCGGCCUCCCCACCCUGCACACCACCCACACCCCAGAGGGCCACCGCGACCGCCGUUUCCUCGUUUCCACGGCCCCAACCCGAUGAUAAGAGGCAAGCGUCCAGGUCUUGGUCCAGGUCCUGGUCCUGGUCCAGGUCCUGGUCCUGGUCCAAGAGGAGGGGGUCCAAUGUUCCCCCCAAAAAGACCCUUUCUGCCCCCACGGUACUGACUGACUGACUGGACAUGUAGCGUUGACCUCUUUAAUGUCAGGAGGAAAGAGGCAGGUUGUUGUUGAGGUCCGCAUGCUGCUGUGAGAGAUUUCUGAAAAGCUGAAGAGAACGUGGGUGGAUAAAAGUUCAAAUAACGAGGUGGGCGUCAGAAGACAAAGUUAUACCGAAGAGGAAUUAAUUAACCGGCUACCAGAAGAAAACUAUAAAUGGCGAAGAAUAGAGGAUGUGCAGAGGGUUGAGAGACAACAGCAAGAGACAUAAAGCAGGCGGAGGCUCUGAGAGGGCUGCUGGACUGAAGAGUGAAGAAAGAAGAUUAAAGAAAAUAAGAGGUGGAUAUAUAUAAUUCACUUUUUGUAUUAUGUGCUUCCAGUAUGAAGCAUUGCAUUAAAUAUGUAAUUGAGCGUCAGUUUGAUAUAGGUCAGAGUGUGUGCAUGGUGUGCGUGUGCGCAUGCAGUCAAGUGUAAGUCGACUAGUCAGAAAAAGUUCAGCAUUUUUUUCCAACCCGAUGAUACUUAUUUUUGCUAAGAAAGAAACAGAAGAAUGUCGUCGGUGCAAUGUUUCUGCUGUCAUUUAGUUUUUCGGUGAGCGAUUUUAACUGCUCCUCUUCCCAUAUCAGCAGCUUCCAGUAGGUUUUGGUAAAACAUCAAUUUAAAUGUCACUUUGGGAGUGACAAGCUGAGUGUAAUGUCAGGGAAUUUUGGUUUCUUCCACAAACACACGCAGGCAUAUUUGGGGAAUUAUUUUUCAGUGUUCCGAAUGUUCUGUCUGUGAAGGAACGCUUCCUCCACUAGUGCGCAAGAACCCUUCGGCGGUAGUUCCACGUCUCGUUUAGUUCCUUGAAGGAAAACGUCACAAGUUUAAACAAAGAGAGAGAAAGAAAGAAGAAAGAAAGGUGUGAGUUAUAUUUUUUUCAGCCUCCGAGACCGACACAGAAGAGGUGCGUUUCUUGGAGGGGAUGAAGAUGGUCAUCAGUUUCGUUUAUUUGUACUGACUAAUAAAGAUCUGAGUUUGAAAAA